CUGCUUUAUCGGCAUCCGAGUUGGAUAGCUGUAAACUAUAAAGUAGUAGUAGUAGUAGUAAAAACACUCCUAACUUCCAAGACUGACGGAGAGUCGUCCUGUGGUCAAUGUGUGUGAACUCUGUGAAGCUGCCAGAGGCCCGGACAUUUGCCAUAAGAGGGAGAGAGUGAGGACCGGGAGAGCCCUGGACCGUGGAGAGAGACUGUAGCUGCUGUACUUGAGCGUGGUUCCCCCGCACCGUGUUGCUGCACACUCCGUCCCCUUGCCGCUGAAACUGCACCUUGCCUUUUACCCUUUUCCCCAUCUUCAUCUCUGACUGUGAGGAUUCUUCCUGCUGGUCAUGAAGCUGCUGAUCCGUCAGUACCGUCCCUCUGACAAGGACACGGUAUGCUCCUUGUUCAGCAUAGGCGUCAUGGAGAACAUCGGCACAUGUUUUCGCAACGCCAUAACCAGCCCUCUCUACCUCACCAUCACCCUGGCUCUGUGUGUUGCUGGUUACCUGCUCGGCUCUGUGUUAGGGGCUGUGGUGUUAUCAGGAGCCUGGGUGGGCCUGGUUUACUACAGCUGUUAUGAGCUAUAUGCCUCCUACCGCAGGAAGAGUCUCCGGACAGACAUGCAGGACAUCCCUGGGAACUAUCUGAGCAGACCAGAUGACAAUUUCUGGGUGGUGGAGGCUGAGGUUGAUGGGAGAGCUCAGAUUGUGGGUUCGGUGGCUGUAGUGGCCAAACAAAAUGGGAAAGAAAGAUAUGGGGAACUGUUCAGAAUGGUCAUCUCACCAUCGUGCAGACGAGCAGGCCUGGGCUCUAAGUUGACUAAGACUGUGAUCAACUUCUGUAAGGAACGAGGCUUCUCCAAGGUGGUGCUAAAGACCAGCUCUCCUUUCACUGCUGCUGUGGCCUUGUACAAGAAACUGGGGUUCAGUCACAUCUACUCAAACACAGGACCAGUAGCCCCUAUUUCGAUUGUUAAGCUGGCCAGGGUGACUAUUCUAUAUAUGGAAAAGCACCUGUAGUUUUGAAAUAAAUGCUG